UCCACACAACUGUGAAUGCGAAAGACAAAGGCAAAUUUUCACAACUGCUUCGACUCGACGUCGGAAUGUAUGCUGAGGUUGCUAUGAUCGGUACGCUUCUAGUAGCGUACAGUGUCCCUUGCGAAACGACUUGCGGCCCUGGAACUUUCGCCAUACAGAAUGGCAUCGUCGAACCUGAUGGAUCUCUACACGCUUUUGUCUGUCAACGCUGCUCAAACUGCACAGAGCUUGGCAGGAUAGAAUUAGAGCACUGUACCUCUUACUCUGAUGCCAAAUGUGGAUGUGAGGAUGGAUAUAUUGAAUCCACGGACAAUCCAGAACGAUGUGUUAGAGGUCCAACAUCACCCCCCGAAAUUUUCAGUGGAUACAUGAUUUCCCAGUCUACUAUUAUGUAA